CUUUACUCGACCUCAUGGGGUCUCCUACGUUUAGUCAUAAAGAAAUAACUCCUCUACCUACAUCUUCUACUUCCUCUUCCUCUUCUGUCUCACUUAAAAAACCAUUGAAACCAGACGAAGCAAAUAAACGAUUGGAUGAAGAACAUAUUAUCAAACUGACAGAAGAAGCUUUCCGUAAGCUCACCGAUUAUACCCGUGCAGAACUCCAAGUGACGGUGGAAGAUUGCCAACUUUUACAAACAAUGAACAAAACAACUAAAGACAAAUAUAGUCAAAUGUCCUUGAUGAGUCAACGUCUUAUGAAGGAAAUGUCCAAAGUUCAAAAUACUUAUGCCGAUUUUGACAGCUUUAUCAAACAGAUAGACGACAUUCAUCAACAAGCUCAAGAAAUGGAAGAAAUUGCGAAAUCUUUGGAUCAAUAUUCCAAGUAUCUGGAAGACAAAGUGAUCAAGACUCAGAAUCAACGACAAUCACAACAUUGAUCAUCAUCAUCAUUAUUUUUUUUUAUCCUUUGUAUUGUAGUUAGUUUUAGUAGCUUAUACCAAUAAAAUGAUCAUCUUUAUAUUAAUAUGCGAAUAUUA